AUGGAAAAGAAGAAAAAACGACGUAAUCAUUUUCGUUAUAAUCAAAAUGUAAAACAAAAAUGGGUGGAAUCAGGCUGUUCUGGAUUAUUCUUCACGUGUAAUGGAAAUGAAAAGCAAGCAGUACGUGAAGCAUACAAUGUAAUUGAACAAGCUUUGGAAAUAUGGAAGAAGAAUGACCUAUUAGAAGAUUCCGAUGAUAACGAGGAAGGGACAAAUUUUAAUAGUGAUCUGGAAGAUGUUGCAGAUUCAGUGAAACGAUUCUGUGAUCAAGCACGAAACGAUAACAGAAAUGUCAAAAAGCGGAAAAUAUGGCAACGACCAACUGGUGCGAAUAAUUGCUUAUUUUUUGUUGUGAAAGGUGUAAAUGAUCAGAAUAUAUAUGAUUUCGUGGAUUACCUUGUUGAAAUGGUGCUGAGAGAGCGAUGUUGUCGUCUAUUACAACGAGUUUGGCCGGUAGAAAGGACUUGCCGAGUGAAUAUGGUCGAGAUAGAUACGGAAGUGAGUCGACUGAUUUCAAGGCAUUUCCAUUCGACCGAAGACGGUAAAUGGCCAACGUACUUGUUCGAUUUUAAGGCGCGAAAUAAUGAUAGCUUGGGGAAGGGUGAUGUUAUGGAUAUGGUACUGCUAGCCCUGAAACAGUUAGCACCAGACAGUCACGUUUCAUUGGAUAACCCAAAUAUUGUUGUAUUAGUACAGAUUGUGCACAAAUCCAGCUGUCUGUUUGCUUGGUCAUCUGAUACGAUAACAAGUUUGACCGUGGAGCAACAACCACAGCAACAGCAACAGCAGCAACAAAAACAACAACAGCAACAUACAACAACGGCUGAAAAUAUCGAAACUAAUGUUGGCGAUUAUGCCGUAUCAUCACUGCCAUCCAAUUUAGUUGGUAGUGAUACCGUAGAUCGGAUUAGAAGACGAGCAUCAAUCCAUUCCAUUUAUCAGAGUAUUCAUUCCAGUAGACUGCGCCAUCAACGAAAUCGGAAUAAUAUGGAAGAUUCCAUGGAUUUUAUUCCAAGUGGCAUCAGUAAUGAUUCACCGGUAGUGAGCUGUCCAAGCAACUAUUUACUUGCACAACGGUUGGUAUCAUCGCAAAAUGUCACAACAUCACCGCUAGUUAAUAGCGGUUCAAAUAUUUUAGAAUCUACUGAAUUUCACGAUGGUUUACAUGCAAAUGUUGUUCUCGCUAAUAUGUCACAUUUUCGGGAUGAAAAAUUUAUGUGUGACAUUGAAAUUGAGACUCAUAAUAUUAAUAGUUAA